AGGUUUAAGUGCUAAAACGGCUUGCCAUACGGUACUGGAAGGGGAAAUAGACCAAAUACAUGUGCCGCGACCUCAAAAGGCUGCAAAAUGGCUGUUUUUGCCGCUCUGUUUUCGGUAGUGAUGCUCUUUACUGUUGUACCAGCCUGGACCGAAAAACACUCCCUCUACUACAUAUACACAGCUUUAUCCAGACCUGUCCACCUGCCGGGCAUCUAUGAAUUCACUGCAAUGGGUUUGCUUGAUGACAGACAGAUUGACUAUUACAACAGCCAAGAGCAGAAGAAGAUUCCCAAACAGCACUGGAUGAAAGAGAAAAUGCAGGAAGAUUACUGGGAAAAAGGCACCCAGUCCAGAAAGAGCAAAGAACAGUGGUUUAAUGUGAAUCUCAAAAUUCUGAUGGAACGAAUGAGACACAAUAAUAAUUCAGAUGUUCAUGUUCUUCAGUGGAGACAUGGUUGUGAAAUUGACAGUCAGGGCAAUGAUGUCCGAUUUUCUAAAGGCAUUGAUGAGUACAGCUAUGAUGGAAGAAACUUCCUGGCCUUUGAUGAUGCGGAUUCUCAGUGGGUUGCUCCAGUGGAAGAAGCUCUUCCAACCAAGAGGAAAUGGGAUAAUGUGCCCAUCCUAAAUCAGUACACCAAGGGCUACCUGGAAAAAGAGUGUGUGGACUGGCUCAACAAAUUCAGAGAAUAUGGAGAUCAGGAGCUUAGAGAAGGCUCUCCCCCAGAUGUUCAUGUGUUUGCGAAGAAGAUUAUCAGUGGCAAAGCCAAGCUAAAACUUACCUGUAUGGUCACUGGAUUCUACCCCAAAGAUGUGAUUUUGACCAUAAGGAAAUACCGCACGGCACUGUCUGAUAAUGAGGUAGAAUCUUCAGGAGUUAGACCAAACCCUGAUGGGACCUUUCAGCUGAGAAAGAGCACUAACAUCUAUGAAAAAGCAGAAUAUGACUGUUAUGUGGCCCACAGAACCCUCAAGGAACCAAUUAUCAAAAAAUGGGAUGGGGAGUGCCAGGACUGCUCUUCAGGAACUCCCAUAGGUACGAUUUUUGGAGCAUUAAUCGGAGUUUUGUUAGUGCUGGCAGUCAUUGGUGGAGCAGUUUAUUUUCUAGCAAAUACAAGAAUGGGAUGGAGAAAUGCUCUUUGAUAUCAACUAUCUCUGGAAACAAGGAGGAGAAACACUCUUUGCUACCUGGUUCAGCGGACCAUUUUUUUUAAAUUCAAUUUUAAAUAAGUACAUGCUUUCUUAUUAUUGCACUAAAAUCAAGUUGCUUGCUUCAUUAAAUGUCCUGCUGCAAAUUUGUCACAGUUUACAAUUAUAAUUUUUUUUUUUUAAGUGGACCAAGAUUUGGGCGUAUUGUUUUAAAAAAUAACAUGCACAGCUUGCUUUUACAUUUUAUUGACUUUUCCAGCAUAUGUUUUACGCAGUGGAUGCCCUUCCAGCUGCAAUCCAAAACCGAGAAACACCCAUACACUUACAUUUACACACCAGUCCCCUCGGCCAAUUUAGUUCAUUCAUUUCACCUAUAGUACUUGUCUUUUGGACUGUGAUGGAAACCAGACCAC